UUGUCUCUCCAUACAACUUGAGUUGUUGCUUUGAUUGAGUUUCGGAGAGAGAGAUGAAGAAAGACAUCGAGAGUAGAACUGAUGAGAGUAGUCACAAGGACUACUACGAACCACCUCCAGCUCCAUUGUAUGAUCCUUUAGAACUCAGGAAGUGGUCAUUUUAUAGAGCUAUAAUCGCCGAGUUUAUCUCGACUCUUCUGUUUUUAUAUGUUACUAUAUUGACGGUGAUUGGGUACAAGAAUCAGACUGCAGGUGAUAAAUGUGGUGGUGGUGUUGGUAUUCUUGGUAUUGCUUGGGCAUUUGGUGGCAUGAUCUUUGUCCUGGUUUAUUGCACUGCUGGGAUCUCCGGAGGGCACAUUAACCCGGCAGUGACAUUCGGACUUUUCCUGGUAAGGAAAGUAUCACUUGUUAGGGCAGUGUCAUACAUGGUGGCUCAAUGUGUGGGUGCAAUCUCUGGUGCAGCGUUAGUGAAAGGGUUUCAAAAGGCACACUACAAUAGAUUCGGCGGUGGAGCCAACUUACUAGCUGAUGGGUACAGUAAAGGCACAGGAUUAGCUACUGAGAUCAUUGGUACUCUUGUUCUUGUUUACACUGUGUUAUCUGCCACUGAUAAUAAAAGGAGAGCUAGAGACUCCCAUAUCCCGGUUUUGGCACCAUUGCCAAUUGGAUUUGCUGUUUUUUUGGUUCAUCUUGCAACCAUCCCAAUUACUGGCACUGGUAUUAACCCAGCUAGAAGUUUUGGCCCUGCUGUGAUGUACAACAGAGAGAAGGUUUGGGAUGACCAGUGGAUCUUCUGGGUGGGACCGUUUAUUGGGGCUGCUAUUGCAGCAUUUUAUCAUCAGUUUAUUUUGCGUGCUGCCGCUGUUAAGGCUUUUGGGUCUUUCAGGUCCAUCCACCACACCUGAUUAUAUUUCUCAACGGUAAAUCUAUCUGUUCAUGAACCGGUGAAUACUAGCGAGAUCCAAGAACAAAGCUUCGUAAUUUUGUUGAUUGAGGUGUACCUUUUUACCGGUGAUUUCUUGUUUAAUUAUAUCUAACAAGAAUUACGUUGUCUUAUUAGCAUUUUAUUUUGUUUGGUUUUCUUGUUGUGUUUGUUGAUUUCAUAUUGUGUAACUGUGACGCUUUAAAUAUAAUUGAUUUUUUUCCA